AUGGUUAUUGAGGAGGAAACAUUGGCAACACGGCGAGCCCUUGAACUAGCAAUAGAGUUGGGGUUUGAUAAUCUUGUCCUGGAAGGAGAUUCAAAGGUCCUCAUCAAAGUCCUUGAGAGUAGAACUAGUUCUCUGGGCUUAAAAGAUAAGUUAAAUUCCCAUGUUGGAGGAGUUAAUAGUACUCAUUACCAAGCUGUCCAGAAGAGUGAAGAUCUAUUGAAGGAAAAGCAACACAUUCAAAGUAUUUUUGUUAAGCAAUCAAAUCAAGAUAAAAUUGAAUAUUGGAUUCAAUUAAAUGCAAUAGUUGAUUGCAUAAGAUUCCUUUUAUGCCGGGGAUUAACUUUUCGUGGUCACGAUGAAUCUCAAGGUUCAAGUGAUAAAGGAAAUUUCCUUGAGCUUGUACAAUUUUUGGGGGAUUACAAUGAAUCUAUCAAUGAAGUGUUGCAAAAAGCUCCGAAAAAUUGCAAGCUUACCCACCCUGAUAUUCAAAAAGACAUUGUGAAUGCAAUUGCUCGUGAAACAUCCAAAGCCAUCAUCAAGGAUCUUGACAAUGGGUUCUUUUCAAUAUUAGUUGAUGAGUCACGUGAUAUCUCAGUGAAAGAACAAAUGGCCCUCGUUCUUCGUUAUGUGAACAAAGAAGGAAUUAUUAUAGAGCGAUUCCUUGGUAUUGUACAUGUAGCAAGUACUACCGCUUUGUCACUCAAACAUGCUAUUGAAUGUUUACUUUGUGAACAUAAUUUGAGUUUAUCGAACCUACAUGGGCAAGGUUAUGACGGGACUAGUAAUAUGCAAGGUGAUAUCAAUGGUCUCAAAACUUUAAUUUUGAAAGAGAACAAGUCAGCAUUUUAUGUCCAUUGUUUUGCUCAUCAACUUCAAUUGACACUUGUUGCUGUUGCUAAAAAUCACAUUAACAUUGUUGAAUUUUUUUAUGUGGUUAGUAAUUUAGUAACUGUUGUUGAAGGCUCUUGUAAGAGACGAGAUGCUAUUCGAGAUACACAAUUUGCCAAAAUUAAAGAAGAUUUAGAGAAUGGUGUACGUAGAAGUGGGCAAGGUUUGAAUCAAGAGACAAAUCUUAAACGUCCUGGUGAUACACGUUGGGGAUCAUAUUAUGGGACUAUUCUCAGCUUGAUUUUGAUGUUCUCUGCUGUUGUUGAUGUACUAGAGAUUAUUGAAGAAGAUGGCCUCUCCAACCAAAAAGUUGAAGCUCGAUCUAUUAUGAGUAAUUCAUUUGUGGCUUUCGAUAAGGAAAAGUUGAUACGUCUAGCUAAGUUCUAUCCCUCUGAUUUUCUUGGGACAGAUAUUUUGGCACUUGACUCUCAACUGCAGAAUUAUAUUUUUGAAAUGCACAACAAUGACUUCUUUUUAGAGCUUCAAGGAGUUAGUGAACUUGCUGAAAAGAGCAUCAACACCCUGAACUUUUUGCAUUCACAGUAUGGUCAAUCUAGACUCAAAGAAACCUGA